AUGGAGGGUGCACCUCCCCCAGAAGAGGAUUUUUCAACGCUGUCCAUUGAAGACAGGCUCUCCCACAAGAACUGGAAGGCCCGAGUCAGCGCAUAUGAGACUCUCGUCAAGACGUUCCAGAACACCGCAUCCGACAACGACCCUGCGUUCAGGCCCUAUCUGAACAACCCAGAUCUACUGAAGAAGAUUGCCACGGACUCGAAUGCCGUCGCGCAGGAGAAAGGCGUCGACUGUUUGGUCGCCUUCGUCAAGUUUGCGGGCGAAAACGCGGCGCGGACGCGCGAGGCGGUUGUGCCCGCGCUCGUGGACAAGUGCUUCGGAUCGACACGAGCUGGGACGCGGAAUCAGGCCAUAGAGCUCGCGCUGCAGUAUGUUGAAGUGGAGAACAGCGGCGCAGGCGUGAUCGCCGAUAUCAUUCCAGGAUUGAGCGCGAAACAACCGAAGGUCGUAUCAGGAUGUGUGACUGCUAUGAAGGAGAUUGUUCGACUAUUCGGCAUCCAAGUAAUACCGCCACAGCCCGUGCUCAAGGCCCUUCCAAAGAUCUUUGGGCAUUCCGACAAGACGGUUCGAGCCGAGGGUACUGCUCUCACACAUGCGCUCUAUCAAUACAUGGGUCCCGCGAUCGAGACGUUUCUAGGGGACCUCAAGCCCGUUCAGGUGAAGGAACUGAAGGAGGCGUUUGAGAACAUGGAGAAGGAGGGCAAGGGCAAAGGGACUCUCAAGCCGGAGCGGUUGACGAGGCAACAGGCUCGCGAAGCAGAGACAGCGCAGAUGACAGCAGGAGAUGACGCAGAAGCUCCUGGGGGAGGGCAGGAGGAAGCGGACCCGCGAUCAUUUGCAGAAGAGGUGGAUAUCACGGGCAGGUUGCCUGCGAACUUCUAUGGCAACCUCUCGUCGUCUAAAUGGAAGGAACGCAAAGAAGCUCUGGAUGAUCUCCAGACCCUACUCAAUGCAUCAUUGCGAAUAAAGGACGCGCCGGAACUUGGCGAACUUGCCAAGUCCCUAGCGACUUGCAUACACAAAGACGCCAAUGUUGCGUGUGUCACUACGGCGGCAAAUUGCAUGGAGAAGUUGGCGGAGGGCGUUGCUACGCCAUUUGGCAGGUUCCGCGAAGCAGUUGUUGCCCCGAUGAUGGAACGGCUGAAGGAAAGGAAAGCCUCAGUCACGGAUGCGAUUGGCGCCGCUUUAGAUGCUGUCUUCAAGACGACUGCGCUUUCUGACAUACUCGGGGACAUUCAACCAAUGCUUUCCAAUAAGAACCCGCAGGUCAAGGAAGGAUCACUCAAGUUCCUUACGCGAUGUCUGUCGAACGCAUCUGCUCCGAUCCAACCAGCGCAGAUCAAGCCUUUGUCCGAUGCGCUUGCUGCGCUGUUAGAGGAUUCUGUGGCGGGCUGUCGAGACGAGGCUGCCAUGUCAUUGGGCACUCUGAUGAAGAUGGUCGGCGAACGCCCGCUGAACGCGCUAAUGGAUGGCCUUGCGGACGUCCGCAAGGCUAAGGUUAAAGAAGCCUACGAUAAAGCUACUGUGAAGUGCAAAGCCGGCGGCGCUGCUCCUGCGAAACCCCCACCGGCCGCGAAAGCUGCGCCCCCCAAAGCUGCGCCCGUGAAGCCCGCACAGAAGCCCGCAGCCGCUGAAAAGGCGCAUCCACCACCCGCAUCGGCACCGAAUGCGUCUUCGCCAACUGCCGAUGACUUGUUAGACGACUUCAAGGAGCCACCGAAGCCUUCGAAGAAGCCUCCUGCCAGACUCAUGGCAAAAAAACUAGCUGCAGACUCUGCUGCGAACGGAUCUCCAUCACCUGCACCAGCUGCUUCUGCACCUGUCAAGAAGCUUCCUCCAGCUGCGGCGCCCAAGGCAUCUGGAAAAUCGGCACCUGCUGCACCUCCAGGUGCACUGGACAGCUUCAAGUACAAACAUACGCCGGAGGACGCGGAGGCAUUGUGGACAGAACUCAUCCCUGCGAACUUCCAGACCGACUUAGGCGAUUCAGCCUGGAAAGUGCGCUUGGCGGCGCUCGAAGAAAUGACGACAUGGGUAGAGGGAGCCGCUGCCGACCUAGAUAGCGAGGUUGUCGUACGAUUUUUGGCGAAGAAAGGUUUCAACGAGAAGAACUUCCAGGUAUCUGCAAAGCUUUACGGGAUAUUACAAAUCCUUGCGACACGGUGUCCGAGCUUUGGGAGAUCCUCAGCGGCACUUUGCAUCCCUCAUCUCAGCGAGAAGCUAGGCGAUAUGAAGCUCAAGAAGCCAGCUGGUGACACGCUACUUUUGCUUGCUGAAAAGACGUCAUUACAGUUCGUCCUGGGGCAUGCAUACGAACCCUUAAGCAAACAGAAGGCGCCCAAAGUCUUCGCCGAUGCUCUAGUCUGGGUGGACACGGCACUAAAGGAGUUCGGCAUCGCUGGCCUGUCUUUGAGAGGGCUCAUUGAGUUCCUCAAGGACGGCCUAAAAAACUCGAAUGCCGGUGUGCGAACUAGUGCCACAAAGACGCUCGUUACUGUCAAGCUGUUCGCUGGCUCAAGUAUCAAGGACUUCUUGGAGGAUCUGAAUCCACAGUUGUUGAACACCAUCAGCUCAGAAUUCGACAAAGUUGAAGGCACUCCCGCUCCAGAACCCACUCGUGAAUCUGCCGAUGUCGCUGCCAUGGCCACAACCGAUGUCGCCUCCGGAAAGGGCUCCAGCACAGCUGGCGCAGAUCCCCUGGAUGACCUCUUCCCUCGCGUAGAAAUCGACGGACUGUUGAAGGGAACCACGAUUCUUGCCGAUGCCAAGAGCGAUGCUUGGAAGACCAAGAAGGAAGCUUUGGAAACCUUACAAGCUAUCUUGGACCAGGGGGCGAACAAACGACUCAAGCCCAACAUGGGCGAGAUCGGCCAGGUACUUAAAGCUCGCGUCACAGAUGCGAAUAAAGCUGUGCAGAUGCUCGCCCUCGACAUCGUUGCACGGAUUGCUACUGGAAUGGGCAAGCCGUUCGAGAAAUAUUCCCGAUUAUUUGAUCUACCCGUGGCGACUGUGCUUGCGGACCAGAAGGCCCCUGCUCGCCAGGCCGCCUGCCAAACCCUGACCGCCAUGGCCAUCGCCUGUGAGGGUGUUGAUCCCAUGGUAAAGGGACUGACGACUGCCCUUGAAUCACCAAAUCCCAUGCAACGAGCCACGCUUCUUGGCUGGAUGGUGGACUGGUUCAAGGAGCAUGAACCCAGCCCUUCACUGGACAUAAGUAGCUGGGUUAACCCCGUUGUGUCCUGUCUGGAUGACAGGAGCGCGGACGUACGCAAGGGUGCCCAGGGUCUCCUACCAACACUAAUUACUUGCUGCGGCUAUGACACGGUCAUGAGUGGCACAAAUGCUCUCAAACCCGCCUCCAGAAAAUCUGCUGCAGCCCUCAUCCAAGCUGCUCAGGCGAAUGCGGCGCCUCGUACCCAGGCAACAGCCUCAGUAGAAGCUCGCAAACCUGCCGCGGCCCCUGCGAAGGCGGCCAAGCCUCGCGCUCCGUCUCCGCCUCCUGCUGAAGAACCAACUCCGGCUCUGUCGGGCACCGAGAAAGUAGCACCUCCUCGCCGAAAGUUGCUCAUGGGCGCAAUCCCAAAGAGCGCAGACGCACGCCCAGAGACACCGUCGGAAGAAGCUCCCAGGUCUCGUUUGCCCUCCAAGCCCGGGCUAAGCCUCCGUCGGCCGGCAGCAGGUUCUGUUUCGUCCCCGACACCUCCCGUGCCCGCUGACAACAGUAACGGGGCUAUCUUCAUCACUUCCAGCCCCGAACCAAAGAGAGCUCGCCUGGCCAAGGAUGGACAGAGGUGGAUAAAUGAGAGUGGGACCACGCGCAAGGAUUUGGCGGAUCUGCUGCAGCAUCAGAUGGAGCCUCAUGCUUCGAAGGAACUGGUGUCACUGCUAUUCAGCAAUGGCCAUACAGCAGUCAAUGAUCAUGUCAAGGGGUUGAGCAUGAUCAGCGACUAUUACACCAAUGCCCAAGCAAGCGACGACCUCCUGUCUGCGGUCGCGGUGGCCAACUGCGAUCUUCCAUUGAAAUAUGUCUCAAUCAAAGCCCAUGAACCUCAGUCGAACCUCAUAAGCAAAUGCCUGGAGGUUGUCGAAGCUGUUCUCUCGUUCUUGUCCAGCAUCGGCUAUCAACUGACUGAUGCCGAGGCGCUGUGUUUUAUUCCGACCAUGGUGUACAAGUUGGGAGAUGCUCGAGAACAAGUCCGGGUCCGCGUACAAGCAAUCAUCCAAUCCUUGCCCAAGGUAGAUGCAUACAGCCGAGUGUUCCAGCUCGUUUUACAGCACGGUCUCUCAUCCAAGGUCGCCAAAACCCGCCAAGGCGCCAUCGACGAGCUUGGUAGCCUGAUCCACCGGUUCGGUAUCAGCGCAUGCGAGCCCGCCAAAGCACUCCCUCAGAUAGCAGCCAUGAUCUCGGACAAGGACCCAAGCGUGCGAAAGUCCGCGUUGACUGCCUUGAGCGAAGCGUACACGCUCGUCGGCGAGAAGAUUUGGUCGUUAGUUGGGCACCUCUCUCCUAAGGAUAAGACGCAGCUCGAAGAGAGACUACGCCGCGUCGCGGGACCAAGCAGUCCUCCGGGGAAUGUCAGCCCAGAGCCCCCUGCACAAGCACCCGCUACGCAUGCGACCCGUCUGCAAACCGGAAUUCCUCGCUCUGGAUCGCCUGCUCCAGCUUUCAAGUCCAAGAUUGGCGGAUUGCCUCGGCCUGCGAGCCCGGCCGUCGCUCCAUCACGCCUGGCCCGCCCCUCCUCGCCAUCGGGCAUUGCUAAAGCAAGCACGUUGACAUCUCCUCAACGCCCCACAUCCCCUUUGCGUCCGGCCAGGUCGUCGAACCUCCCUAGUCCUGCUUCGCCUGUUGGUAUCGGCCGACCCAAAACCCUCCUACCAUCUAGACUUGGGCCACCCAAAGCUCGCCCAGCUUUCAGUGCUCGGAGCGUCCCUCCUCUAGAAGCAGAGGAACAGGAUGAUCUCACGGUGCAUCAACAGGAUCCGGUACCUGUUCGGGCACCAGCACGCGCUAGAGCAGAAUCGGUGCAGAGCAACACAGCAGCCGAGAGUUCGGGACCGGAUAACGUCUCCAUCACAAUUUCCAGUAUCCUCAGCAGCGACCCGACACGGAGCGUAGAUGCUUUGAAGAGGAUCCAACGCAUUCUGGAGCUUGGGCCGGAGGCUGGGCCGUCUUCGCCUGCGUAUCGGGAUCUGGCUGAACAUACGGAAGGCUUGAUCGAGACUAUCACUUUGCAGAUGGCGCACGUCUUCGACCGGCCGGACGAUAUCACCUUGCCUGAGAACUUCCGUUUGGCGAAGCAUCUCAUACAAACCCUGAACGCUUUCUGCGACCACGUUUUUCUCGCGGAAUCACUCACCGUCGACAUCCUGACGUCUCUUCUGGAGGAGUUGACACUAAGGCUGCUCGAGACGGACGACAGUCCGGAUUCAAAGGUGAAGGAUCUGUCGCGCUUCAUCAAUAUGAUCAUCCUUCGCCUCUUCGCGACUGCUAGGCGCAUGUCGGUAUUCCGCGCUCUGUUUGCGUUGUUAUUACAGAUCGUGAAGCCAUUCCCUUCCAACGGCACCCCGGCGGAGUCAAAGGAAGCGAAGAUCGCCGAACUCGUACUCAAGUGCAUAUGGAAGCUUGCCAGGAACAUGCCGCAGGAUCUGGAGAAGCAAGCGCUGGAUCCCAUCGAGCUGUUCCCCGCCAUUGAACAUUUCCUUCAAUCUGUCCCUCCGAAUGAGUGGCGUGCAAGAGCCACGAAUAAGGUACCUUGUGGCGAUAUGCCUCUAAGAACCAUCAAGGUCAUCAUACAACACGUCGUUGGUUUCUACGGCGACGAUGUUUACGACAUUCUCUCUGGAGCUUUCGACGAUCCUUCCGCGACGAUCGUCUACCCGUAUGUUUACCGAAUCCUGAACUCGAGCACGAGGGUAGGCGCAGACAUGCCGGCGCACUCCGUCGCUUCCAGUCGCUUGCCCUCCGUCCAUCGAGCUUCGCCGAGCGUGAGCCGCCCCAUCUCACCCCCGGAGACGGCAUCCUCAGUCGCUUCCGGAGACUACCGCCCGUUAUCCGAAACUCGCCGGACCAGCCAGACGGCAUCGUCUGUGAACGGAAAUGGUGCAUACUCGUCCCCCGUGGAAGAGCCGGAUCCGGAUGCUCAGCUGAUCACAAUCAUCAACCACAUCUCGAGCGAGACGACCGGUGCCCUUCAUAAAGAGGGGAUUACGGAAUUGCACCAGUUCCUCAAGGCCCAUCCGCACAAGAAGCCGAAGGUCGACAAGAUGUUGGAGUCCACCGGCCCAGCUUUCAGAAAAUACAUCACACGCGCGUUAGCCAGUCGGGCGGCGGAGGAUCAAGAGAGGGAUGUAGCUGUGGCGCACACUCUUUCCAAACUGGAGGCAAAUCAGCCUGUUUCUCCAGUGGCUGGCCAAUCUCCGUCUGAGACUAUAUCACCGAGAUCGCCACGGUCUCCCAGAACAAGCUUGUCGGGAGACAUACCUGCGGCCGCGGACGAGCGCCUUUCCCGACUUCACAACCUCUUCCAGUAUAAUCGAGCAAGCACGGCGAGCGCGGGUUCCUCGAACGGGCGUGCGUCUUGAUCAGCCCUUAAUGAUGCGCGGUAUACCCCUCAGACUAUGUUGCUUUUCACUCCUCGUUGUUUCUGUCCGGUCCGCUCUCGAUGUUAUCUACAUUACCUACAGGUGUACAUGUGCGCA